GGAGCGAGGAGGAGCCCCCUCAGUGGGGAAGCUUCCGCCGCCCGGGACAGCUUCCCCCGCCACCGGGAGACUGCCGCCCCGGUUAGUUUCGCGGCGGACCAGAGCGCGUAGCGCAGCCAUCUUCCCCCCUCGCCGCCCCGCUCGCCGGGAGGGACCGCCUAGGAAACACACACGCCCCCCCCCCCCCCCACCUCCUCGAAUGAGGUGGCCCCGCCCCCAGCGGAGGGUAUAGCAUCGCUCGCCCUCAGGCCGAGUAGCGGAACGCCGAGCGAGCGGAGCUAUCUCGAUGCGCUCGGUGCUCGCGCCGACCCCGGGCACCCCUCAGGGCCGCUUCCGGAGGCAGCGGGACGGGCGCGGCGGCGGCGGCGGGCGGAGGACGGUUGGCCGCGGCCGCCGUGUCCCCUCCCUGUUCCCCACCCUUCUUCCCCCACCGCUUCGGCAAACAGCUUUCAGACAGAGGACACACAGAAAGAGAAGAGCAGGAAGAAGAUAACAAUAACACCGAAUGCAGCGAACUCGGAAUCAUGGAUCUGAAAUUCAAUUCAUCAAGAAAAUACAUUUCCAUCAGUGUACCUUCCAAAUCUCAAACUAUGUCUCCUCAUAUCAAAUCAGUAGAUGAUGUUGUAGUUCUUGGCAUUAAUCUCAGCAAAUUUAACAAACCUACUCAGUUUUUCAUCUGUGUUUCUGGAGUUUUUAUGUUUUAUCUUAUCUAUGGAUACUUACAGGAAUUGAUAUUUUCAGUGGAAGGUUUUAAACCGUUUGGUUGGUACCUCACUUUAGUGCAAUUUGGAUUUUAUUCAAUUUUUGGACUAAUAGAAUUGCAGUUGAUUCAGGACAAAAGGAGAAGAAUUCCUGGCAAAACCUACAUGAUAAUAGCCUUUUUAACAGUGGGAACUAUGGGUUUGUCAAAUACCUCUUUAGGGUAUCUGAAUUACCCGACUCAAGUCAUCUUCAAGUGCUGUAAGCUGAUUCCAGUUAUGAUAGGCGGGGUUUUGAUACAAGGAAAACGUUAUAAUAUUGCAGAUGUGUCUGCUGCCCUGUGUAUGAGUCUUGGAUUAAUAUGGUUUACUUUAGCUGACAGCACAGUUGCACCAAACUUCAACUUGACAGGUGUGGUCCUAAUAUCCCUUGCCCUCUGCGCAGAUGCAGUUAUAGGAAAUGUACAGGAAAAAGCUAUGAAGUUGCACAAUGGUUCUAAUUCAGAAAUGGUUUUAUAUUCCUAUUCAAUAGGUUUUGUGUAUAUUUUAUUUGGAUUAACAUGCACUGGUGGAUUAAGCCCUGCAGUAACAUUUUGUUCAAAGCAUCCAGUGCAGACUUACGGUUAUGCAUUCCUUUUCUCCCUGACUGGGUAUUUUGGCAUAUCCUUUGUUCUAGCUUUGAUUAAAAUCUUUGGUGCCCUUCUGGCUGUAACAGUAACAACAGGAAGAAAAGCAAUGACCAUUGUGCUUUCUUUUUUGUUCUUUUCAAAGCCAUUCACAUUACAGUACGUGUGGUCAGGCUUACUGGUUGUCCUUGGUAUAUUUCUUAAUGUUUACAGUAAGAAUAUGGAUAAAAUCAAACUACCUUCACUGCAUGGUCUUUGGAAAAAAAGUGUGGAAGAAAGAAAAACAAGGACGUUGUCACAAACUGUAUAGACAGUGGUUUAUGCCUUGUCUAAACUAUGACUUAUUAUUUUAUUGGAACAGUCUUCAACUGAUUCACUUUCCAAAGGGAACAUUAUUAAAACCAAAGGAGCUGAAGGCAUAUUGUCUGCUUGCAGAUUGCUAUAAAUGCACAUUUUUCUGAGCCCUUUCUUCAGAGCACUUGAAUUCAUUGUAAAAGGUGUUGUAGGCCAUUGUCAGACGGCGUUAUCAGGCAAUGAAGGACAGCAGCUCCUGGCAAACUGCUGCGAAGCUGCAUUCCAGGUGGGACACAGUAGAAGACUAAUGUGGGCAUUUUAAUAAUAUUGGCCAUGUGGCUGAUCUGACAUUAGUGGUUCUUUGUUAAUUGUCUAGAUGAGGUAAUUUAAAUGUAAUACAAUAUUAACAUUUAAUGGCACCUAAUCAGCAACUGGUUGACCAAAUUGCAAUUUUAAAGGUAGAAGGUUUAAAAUACUGAAUGUUGUCACUCUCUUUCAGUUUAAAUAAAAAUGUUGGGGUUUUUUUAAGUUAUUGAUUAGAUCAUCCAAGAACUUGGUAAUUAUUGUAAUAAUUGAAAUUUUUAUGGAAAUCUUAUGGUGUUAGUCUUUUUGAUUAUUGCUAGCAAGUAACAAAAAUGAGAUUGAGUUUGUGCCAUCAACACCCAUGUUUUUACAAGGGGGAAAUGGGCUUUUAGGGCUGAGCAGGGUGAGAACACAGAAUGAAGAAGUUGUGAUUGAAACAGUGGUGUAAAAAGCUGUUACUUAUUUAUUCUGUGGUGAAAUACAAAACUUCUAGUGGCCUGUGUCCCUCCAUAUCAUAGUGGUUUAGAGAGACAUGGAAGUCCUCUAAAUUAGUAUCAUCAAAUCAAAGCUCUUACUUUUCAAUAUUGGAGUAAAAAAUAACAGCAUCUGCUAAUGUAUUUGGAAUAUGUAUUGUGUCAGUCUUUGUGUGGUCCUGUGAUGAAUUUAAGAGGACUAGGGUACAGAUUACACUUUAUUUAAUGACAAGAGGAGACAAUAUACUACCAGUCUGUCUUUCAAUAUGAAUUUAGGAAGACUAAGUCCAUUUCUCUCUCUUACUUUCAUAUUCAACUCUCUUUUAAAUCACUUGCCAUCUCCUUCAUUUUAUAUAUUUAACAGUAGCACUUUACAAAUACUAAUCAUCUUACAACUCAUUGUUCUUGUGUGGUCAUGGUUUUUUUGUUGUUGUUGUGUCCCUUAGUUGCAUGUUGGUGUGUGUUAUUUCAACUUAGACAAAAAUAAAUUGAAUAAUAGAAUUAUAUAGUCAGGAAGAAUGUACAAAGAAUUGAAAUCUCUCACAGGAUUACCUUCUGCCAAAAUACUUGUUUAUGAAAGUAUUCAAAAUGUCUGAAAAACAUUUCAUAUAUUUAGAAAGAAUUGCCAUGCCAAGGAGCUUGUAAUCAAAGCACAGACACAAAAUGUGCCUUAAGUUUUGCUUAUUGAGUCGGUAGCUAGCAUAUGUCAUAUUGAGUAUGUUCUAAAAUAGGCCAUGGAAUAACAUAGCCAUCUUAACAUGGUGGGACAAAUGUGUGGAGUGGUGAGCUGCGCUGAUGUAACUGCGCUGUUGCCAGCACUAGAGCUGCUCUGGUGUGUCAGCAAAGCCUUUCAGCUGGUAUACAGCCAGUGUUGCCAACUUCAGAGAGUUUAUUUUGUGUAACAAUUUCAGCUUUUAAAUGUCCAGCUGCUGCAUGAUUGAUUGUGUCCUGGAUAAGGUAGAGAGGUUUUAAUUUAAUGAACAGAAACAGCUUGAAAGAGAAGGAUGGCCUGCCGUGGCUAUCCAUUUUCAUGUUGCAGCCAAAGUUUUAUGAUAAGAUAUGAAAAAGAGUUACAAUUUCAGAUUUGAUGCAAGAAUGCAUUUGACCACAUGAAGGGGAUUGAUACAGAUUUCUUUCCUCAUAAUAUUUAUCGUUCUUGUAUUCCCUUGCAUUCUUUUCAGUAAAUUAAGUUGCUCUUCCCAGUGAGGUUAAGUUACCCAUCAAGCUUAAAAGAGGAACAGUUUUUGAACCACUGAAAAGCACAUAGUUACGGAACAUAUAAUGCUCUGUUCACUAGCUUGGUGGAACUUGGUAAUUAGCAUUUGAGCAUCAUUUUGGUAAUUUUUCAGUCUCAGUUUUGCCAUCUGUAAACUGUCGCUAAACUUUACUGAACUUCAGGAAACCAAAUUACGUGAAAGCUACCAUACAUGCAGAAAGUCAUAGUAAAUAUAACUCCUUCGGCGUCUGUUUUAUAUAAAUAGAUGAGAAAUCACUCCCAGAUUUUUCUGACUAGAGUUCAAAUGUAAUAUGUAGAUUGCCAAACUGUUUAUAUAAUCCAGUUUUGUCUUUGUUUUUUUCCCUCUGGAGAGUGUAGUGUUCACAGUAAUUUGCCUUUUAAUUUAUUGUAUACAAGACUGAAUUAAUGGAGUACACAUUAGGGGAAGUUGUGAUUUAUUUUUUUAUUAAUUUUCAUUUUCUUAACUAUUGAAAUAUAUUUUGCUUGACAGGUAUUCUUUAAAAUAUUAUUUUUAUAUAUGAAUAGUGUAGGUUUAGUGUUAGUAGCAUAAAUUUAAGAGUCAAAUUUUUAUUUUCGUAGGUGUGAGGCUAAUCAACAAUAUGUAAGUGUGUUAAAGAAAAUGCACACACAAAUGAGAGUAGUUCAUAAUUUGCCACCUGUCAUGGUCUGCACAGCUUCAUGCUAUCAUUGAGAUGUUAAAGAAAACCUUCAUUUCAGUGAAUUGCUGUUUGUGGGGGUUUUUUUGUUUGUUUGUUUGUGGGGUUUUUUUAUAAUAAGCUUUAUAAUGCAUGCAAGUAAGAGAACCUUACGAACCUCCAAGUGUUCUUAUUACAAAACUUUGGUUUAGGAUCUCCUGUACUGUAUAUGUAUGUUGGGUUUGUGUUGUCUAUGAAAUAUUAAUAAGGGCUUGUCCAUAAAGUAACUGUAAAUUCUUUAUUUUUUGUGUAAGAGCACUUACAUUGGGCUGUUGGUUAACCCUUCCUAAUGUUGCUGUGUAGGCUAAUCAUAAUAACUUUUGCAUUUUAUACUCCCCUGGACUCUUUACAGUAGGCAUUAUGAAACUACAGAAAGAAAACAUUCAUUCUGUCACCAUAAAAUUUAUUAUCUAAAUAUAAUGUGACUUAGUUGCUUCUUAUUCUUAUGCUACACGAUUUUCUCCUCUUUACAGAAAAACUGUGAUAGAAGAACUAGUUAUAAUGGGAUUUGAAGUCCACACUGAAAUUUAAGGCUGCCCAAGGUCUCCAUUGAUGUCAGCAGCCUACCUCUGUGACACCCUCUACUUCUGCCUCCUUUGGAGGACUGAGGGAGUUCUGUUUUCCUGCAUUAGUAUGUACUUGCAGUUGCUUUCACAUUACAUGUUUGAAUUUACUUGGCACACUUGAAUACCGAAGUAAUUGACUGUGCAGUGGAUUUCUUCCCUAUUUCAGUACGUCAGUAUCAUCAAACUGCUAAUUACUCGGAUACCUAUAUGUGAAUACAAGUGUGGAAGAACUAAUGCUCUGAAACUCUCCCCUAAAUCUACAGUGUUUCCUGAUACUGCAUUAAACUAUUUCACUUAGUCUUGUUUUACCACUCAUGUGCUUUGAACUUACCAAGCAUUUUAAGCUAAAAUUUAGGCAUACAUCAUUCCUCCUUGUCUUCCUUACUUGUGUGUCUUACUUUUGGAUGCUAACUCCCUCUUUAACAUGCUCUGUUGGUGUACUGUGGGUUGCUUCAGGUUUCUACUCCUGCAUUUAAAGGCUCACAUCAUACUAUUACAGAUUGGUCACAUUCCAUAUUUUCUACUUCAUAUCAGUUAUGACUCUCUGGAUAAUUGUUUUAAAUCCUUUUUUCUCCAUGAAAAAAUCUUUCCUUCUAUACUUCUCGUUAUUUUUUGAAAGGUCUUGAUGAGUACAUGUAUGAGUUAACUCCUUGACCUCAUUCCAUCUUCCAAGAAAAUCUCUCUUCUCCCUUGCUUGCCUUUGAGAACUAAAGGAAGAGGAAAUAAAUUAUUGCAAGUGCUCUUUUUUCUUUAAUAAGUGCCUUCCUUACUAACCUGGUUUGUCUUAAUUGUUUCUUUUCUUUCUGCCUCCCAUGCUCCCAGGCACAAACAAGCCCUUCUCUCAUGUUUGACCACUGCUUGUUCAGUCAUGGAAACUUUUUGAGUUGUUUACUGUUCUGAAAAGAGGUGUAGAAUUGCAUGUAUACUCUGGAGGGCAGGAAAUAAUAAGUAAACUUCACAAGUUAGGGAAGUAAUUAAAUGGUUUCAUACUUCUUUUUCUGGAGGGAUUUUAUAUAUGGUUUAGGUAAUAGCUCAGAAUUUGUUAGUGGAAGGGGUUUUUCUUCUUUUACAUUUUACCUGUUUAAAAGUCUUUAUAUUAAUUUUAAUAUUUAAUAUAAAACUCCUGACUAUUCAGGCAGUUUAUAGAGAUUAAUUUUAGUCUUGCCUAUGAGGCAGAAAAUUUAUGUUUCACUGAUGAAGCAGAGAUGGUAACUUGCCCAAAAUUGCCUUGGUAGUAAGUCUGUGAUGAGCAAGGAAUAGAUGUUAAUACCCUCAGUUAUUCUAUGCCCCAAGUCCAACAGAACUCUUCUGUACCUGAAAUGAAACAGUACCAGUGUAAGCUCACGUUUCUUUUACCCCCCUAUCAGAGAUUUUAAAUUGUUUCUGUUCCAUGUUCUAUACUAGUAUAAUUUAAAGUGAAAUUCAGACAGCCAUAAAUAGGCUUCCUGCAUGUUGUGUGAAGCUCCUUUGCAUUGUGUGUGUUGUUACUGUCUUGUUGAAGUUGUUCUGGUUUCUGUGAACACUGCUAUGGAAAGGAGCCAGAGAGAGUAGCAGUUGUAGGAGAAGCAUAACAUCCUUCACUCUGAGGUGACUGGUCCUAGUUUAGUUCACCUUGCUACUGGUCAAAAGCUGCUGCCAGUGGAAGACUGUGAGAAAUUGUCAUAAUGUGAGGAAUUGAGCACAAUGUCAUGACAGAUCUGUUUUUUUGCCAUUCACUUGUAGAGAAGCAAAGACAGUAGCACAAUAAACAUUCAUGCAGAAAUACUCAUCAUAGAGUAUAA